AUGUCGAGCCUACUCAGACUAGGACUUCAGAACGUGAUCGGUUCGAGAAUACCGACUCUCCCCAAAAUUUUCAACAUCAACACAAGAACAGCUAGAUGGUACUCUGCAGACAUGGAUGACUACGAACGAAAAAUCUACAACAUACUGUAUGAGCAGUUCCACCCCAAAGUGUUGCAGGUCAAGGACGUGUCAGGAGGUUGUGGCUCGAUGUUUGCUAUUCAAGUUGAAAGCGAAGCAUUUAAAGGAAUCCCAAUGAUCAAACAGCAUAGACUAGUCAACCAGGUGUUGAAAGACGAAAUCGCGCAAUGGCAUGGCCUACAGCUUAGAACUAAGGCCGCGUAA